GGUCUCUGUGUUUGAAACAAAAGGCUGAACUAGUGAACGCGCGCACACCGGCUAUGGCGGAAGCAAUUCAGCAACUCGUCCUAGACACCCUCGCCAAAGACGGUGAGAUCAAGGACACUCGCACCCUCAUCCUCCCCGGAUACAAGGAGCCCGCGGCCACCCAUGACUCCCAAAUCAUCAUCCUCGGCGCAUUGAACUCUCUGUCAAGUCGAGAUAUGAUCACAUACACCACCCAAGAAACCGUAUCUCAUGUUCUCACACAAGAGGGCGCGCAAAUCGCUCUCCAAGGGUCACACGAGGCCCGGGUAUGGGCUGCAUGCCCAAAGAAGGGCGAGGGUGCUCCGAUCCCUCCGAAGCAGCUGCAGGAGAAGGUCGGUGCGGAGACCGCUAAGGUCGGCCAGGGCCAAGCCUUCAAAAACAAGUGGAUCGGCAAGGAGGGAGAUGGACUGGUCAAGCUGGUGGACACUAUUACUGAUACUACUCAACUGCAAAUGCGUGAGGUCGACUCCACCGGUGCCUUGAAGGCGGGGGAGAAGGCGCUCGCAGAGCUCCGGAAACGCAAACUGGUUGCGCAGAGGAAGGGCCAGUGGUUCACCGUGCGCAAAGGCCCAAACUUCAGCACCUCGACAGCAAAGCCAGAAACCGAUCUCACGGUCGACAUGCUCACAUCGGGAUCAUGGAAAACCGCUACUUACAAGAAGUACAACUUCGAGGCCGACGGUAUUCCACCACUAGGCGGCGCAUUGCAUCCGCUCCUGAAGGUCCGCGAAGAGAUCCGGAAUAUCUUCCUCGAGAUGGGUUUCGCGGAGAUGCCUACAUCAUCCUUCGUCGAGUCUGGCUUCUGGUGUUUCGACGCGCUGUUCGUACCCCAGCAACAUCCAGCACGAGAGGUGCAGGACACCUUCUACCUUUCCGACCCCGCCGAAUCAUUGCCCCCGCCCAAGGACUACUACGAGCGCGUCUCAAAGGUCCACGAGCACGGCGGCUACGGCUCCACCGGCUACCGCGCGCCCUGGUCACACGAGGAGUCCCGCAAGCUCCUCCUGCGCACCCACACCACCGCGUCCUCCGCGUCCAUGCUGUACAAGCUCGCCGCGCGCUGUCGUGGGGAGGAGGACGACUCCGAGGAGACCAUCAAGCGCGAGGGCGCGCACGCCUCCUCGACCGUCCCUGGAGCGGGCAAGGCAGGCCCCGAUGGCUUCCGCCCGGCGAAGCUCUUCUCUAUUGACAGGGUAUUCCGUAACGAGACGAUGGACGCGACCCAUUUGGCGGAGUUCCACCAGGUCGAGGGCGUCGUCGCGGACAAGAACUUGACCCUUGCAGACCUCAUCGGCUUCAUGCGCGUGUUCUUCACGAAGAUGGGCAUCACGAACAUCCGCUUCAAGCCGGCAUACAACCCGUACACCGAGCCCUCGCUCGAGAUCUUCGCCUUCCACCCGCAGCUGAGCAAGUGGGUCGAGGUCGGGAACAGCGGCAUGUUCCGCCCCGAGAUGCUCGAGCCCAUGGGCUUCCCCAAGGACGUGCACGUCCACGGCUGGGGCAUCAGCCUCGAGCGGCCGACGAUGAUUCGUUAUGGAAUCAACAACAUCCGCACCCUUGUCGGGCACAAGGUCUCGCUCGAGAGCGUCGAGCGGUCGCCCGCCGUACGCUUCUAGGAUCGACACGCUCCGGAAGGAGAUCUGCGCGUGUGGCGGCGUGGGAGAGAGAGGAACGGCAGUGUGAACUAUCUGUACUCAUCAUAAGCGGUGUGGCGUACGAA